AUGGUGGAUGCAGCAGCAGCCGAGCAGUUCCUGGAUGCCAACCCACAGUUCGCCAAGCAGUACUAUGACAUCAACUUCCGGCCUAAGAUCGUCUCAGACCUGCUGGACAACAACCGGAAGGCGGCGGUGGACAUCAGCAAGUUUCACGACCUGACGACGGUGGAGGAGAGUGAGGUCCUCUUUGACUUGAUGCGGGACAUCCAGGACAACCUGCAGAUGGAGAAGUCUGUCUUCAACCUCAUGAGACACCUCAGCUUCAUGAUGAGGGCCGACCGCAUGAGCCUGUUCAUGUACCGGCAGAGGAACGGUGUGGCUGAGCUGGCAACAAGGUUAUUUAACGUCCAUAAAGAUGCAGUGUUUGAUGACUGCCUGGUGGCACCUGAUAGUGAGAUUGUGUACCCGUUGGAUAUGGGCAUUGUGGGUCACGUGGCCUCCACCAAGAAGAUGGUCAACAUUCCUGAUGUGUCUGAGAGCCCUCACUACAGUGACUUUGUGGACGAGCUGACAGAGUAUCAGACCAAGAACGUCCUUGCCAUUCCAAUCAUGAACGGUAAAGACAUGGUGGCUGUCAUGAUGGCCGUCAACAAGUUGGACGGGCCGCGCUUCACUGCCAAGGAUGAGGAGACCCUGAACAAGUACCUGAACUUUGCCAACCUGGUCCUGAGAGUUUUCCACCUGAGUUACCUGCACAACUGCGAGACCCGGAGGGGACAGGUGCUGCUGUGGUCGGCCAGCAAGGUGUUUGAAGAGCUGACGGACAUAGAGAGGCAGUUCCACAAGGCCUUGUACACAGUCAGAGCGUUCCUCAACUGUGACCGCUACUCUGUGGGUCUGCUGGACAUGACCAAGACCAAGGAGUUCUUUGACCUGUGGCCCGUUCUGAUGGGAGAAGUUCCACCAUAUGAUGGACCCAAAACUCCUGACGGCAGGGAAAUUAUCUUCUACAAAUUGAUUGACUACAUCCUCCAUGGCAAAGAGGACAUCAAAGUCAUACCGAAUCCUCCUGCAGAUCACUGGGCUCUGGUCAGUGGUUUACCAACCUACGUCGCGGAGACUGGACUGAUUUGUAACAUCAUGAAUGCAGCAGAGGAUGAAUUUUUCAGCUUCCAGACAGAGCCUCUGGACGAGUCUGGGUGGACCAUUAAGAACGUCCUGUCUAUGCCAAUUGUCAACAAGAAAGAGGAGAUCGUGGGUGUGGCCACGUUCUAUAACAGGAAGGAUGGGAAACCCUUUGAUGAAAUGGACGAAACACUGAUGGAGUCUCUGACCCAGUUCCUGGGCUGGUCCGUGCUGAACACUGACACUUAUGACAAGAUGAACAAGCUGGAGAACAGGAAGGACAUCUUCCAGGACAUGGUGCUGUAUCACGUCAAGUGUCGCAAGGAUGAAAUCCAGAACGUUCUGAACACCAGGGAGAGAUGGGGGAAGGAACCGGAUGAGUGCGAGGAGGAGGAGCUCCAAGAGAUUCUGUCAGAGGUUUUGCCGAACUCUAAGAAAUCUGAGAUCUUUGAGUUUCACUUCUGUGACUUUGAACACAGUGAAUUGGACCUGGUGAAGUGUGGCAUCAAGAUGUACUAUGAACUGAAAGUGGUGGACAAGUUCCACAUUCCCAGAGAGGCCCUGGUGAGGUUCAUGUACUCUUUAAGUAAAGGCUACAGGAAGAUCACCUACCACAACUGGAGACACGGAUUCAACGUUGGACAGACCAUGUUCACCCUGCUGAUGACAGGUGAUCUGAAGCGUUACUACACAGACCUGGAGUGUAUGGCCAUGGUGACCGCCGGCUUCUGCCAUGAUAUUGACCACAGAGGAACCAACAACCUCUACCAGAUGAAGUCUGGUAAUCCUCUGGCGAAGCUUCACGGCUCCUCCAUCUUGGAAAGACACCAUCUGGAGUUUGGCAAGACUCUGCUGAGAGAUGAUGCCCUGAACAUUUAUCAGAAUCUGAAUCGGCGUCAGCACGACAUCGUGAUCCACCUCAUGGAUAUUGCCAUUAUCGCCACUGACCUGGCUCUCUACUUCAAGAAGAGGACGAUGUUCCAGAAGAUUGUGGACCAGUCCAAGACCUACGAGAACUGGAACGACUGGACCAAGUACAUGAUGCUGGAGACCACGCGUAAAGAGAUUGUCAUGGCCAUGAUGAUGACUGCCUGUGACCUGUCUGCAAUUGCCAAACCGUGGGAGAUUCAGAGCAAGGUGGCGCUGUCUGUAGCUGCAGAGUUCUGGGAGCAGGGAGACCUUGAGAGAACAGUCCUGGAGCAACAACCCAUUCCCAUGAUGGACAGAAACAAAGCAGAUGAUCUGCCGAAGCUGCAGUGUGGUUUCAUCGACUUUGUCUGCUCUUUUGUGUACAAGGAGUUCAGCCGUUUCCACGUGGAGAUCACCCCCAUGCUGGAUCGCCUGCUGAACAACAGGAAGGAGUGGAAUGCCCUGAAGGAAGUGCAUGAGGCCAAAAUGGCUGCCAUCGAGGCCGCCAAGAAAGCCAAGGAGGAGGAGGCUGAGAAAGCUGCAGCAGCCAAACAAGCGAGUGCAGCCCAGGCACAAUCAAAGACUUGUAUCCUCAGCUAGAGAUACUCCAGUAGUGCCACCUUGCUUGCUGCAUGGUUGUGGUCCAACACUGGAUUUUCCCAAAAGAUUUUUCUUUUUUUUUUUUUCUUAAAUGGGAUUUCUCCUCCUCCACUGCUGCUUCCUGUCCAUGCUUUCAUUCAUUCUGCAUUACUCAUUAGAUACAGUGGGC